GCGGAGGGCGUGGAACGAGUAGGAGGUGGUGGUGUUUGGCGGCGGCGGUGCUGGUGCUGCUGGUCGUGGUGACAUGAGCCGCGGUGCGACUCUGGCGAGCGAUUGAAGCCGCCCUCGCUGCGUGUGCGACGACGAGGUGACGUGAGGAGGAGGACGACGAGGAGCAGGAGGGGGACGAGGCGAAGGCGGCGGCGAGGGAGAGGAGACGCGGAGCGACAAAACCCCGGCAGCGUUCGCCCCGCGGUGUUUGGAGAGGGAGCUGCGGUGGAGGGCGCCGCGGGGUUCGAGACGACCUGACGAGGCCGUGACUUGUGACGCGGGCAGGCCGGCCGGUGGGUUGGGGGGCCACCACCAUGUCCACGCUGCUGUCCCCCAAGGAGGGCAAGGUGGAGCGCCUCUCGCAGGAGGAGAUCAUCUCCGGCACCAAGACGGUCAUCCAGGGCCUCGAGGCUCUCAAGCACGAGCACGACUCCUACCUGCAGAGCCUCGGUGACACGCUGGGAUGCCUGAAGGAGGGCUCGGAGAGCGCCCUCGUGCAGGAAAAGGCCAACAUCCUCUGCAAGUCCGUCGAGAUGAUUCGCCUGGGGCUCGGAGAGGCGCAGGUGAUGGUGGCGCUGACGAGCCACCUGAACGCAGUGGAGUCGGAGAAGCAGAAACUGCGGGCGCAGGUGCGGCGCCUGUGCCAGGAGAACCAGUGGCUGCGCGACGAGCUGGCCAACACGCAGCAGAAGCUGCAGCGCAGCGAGCAGGCCGUGGCGCAGCUCGAGGAGGAGAAGAAGCACCUGGAGUUCAUGAACCAGAUGAAGAAAUACGACGACGACAUCUCGCCCUCGCAAGAGGAGAAAGUGUCGGAGCCCUGCAAGGAGCCUCUGGAUGACUUGUUCCCCAACGAGGAGGAUGAACAAGAGCAAGGCCAGCCCAGCCACAACGCCGUGAACAGCGCGGCGGCGGCAGCGCAGCAGGGUGGCUACGAGAUCCCGGCGCGGCUGCGCACGCUGCACAACCUGGUGAUCCAGUACGCGUCGCAGGGCCGCUACGAGGUGGCCGUGCCGCUCUGCAAGCAAGCGCUCGAGGACCUGGAGAAAACGAGCGGCCACGACCACCCGGACGUGGCCACCAUGCUCAACAUUCUCGCUCUCGUCUACAGGGAUCAAAAUAAAUACAAAGAGGCAGCGAGCCUUCUGAACGAUGCUCUGGCCAUCCGAGAGAAGACCUUGGGCAAGGACCACCCGGCGGUGGCCGCCACACUCAACAACCUGGCGGUGCUGUACGGCAAGCGGGGCAAGUACAAGGAGGCGGAGCCGCUCUGCAAGCGGGCCCUGGAGAUUCGGGAGAAGGUGCUGGGCAAAGUGCAUCCGGAUGUGGCCAAGCAGCUGAACAACCUGGCGCUGCUGUGCCAGAACCAGAGCAAGUACGAGGAGGUGGAGCACUACUACCAGCGCGCACUCGACAUCUACCAGAGCCAGCUGGGCCCCGACGACCCUAAUGUGGCCAAGACCAAGAACAACCUGGCCUCCUGCUACCUAAAGCAGGGCAAGUACAAGGAGGCCGAGGGCCUCUACAAAGACAUCCUGACUCGCGCGCACGAGAAGGAAUUCGGCUCCGUCGACGGUGAGAACAAGCCGAUCUGGAUGCACGCAGAGGAGAGGGAGGAGCAGAGCAAGGACAAGGGCAAGCACAAGGAGAGUCCUCCCUAUGGGGAGUACGGGAGUUGGUACAAGGCCUGCAAGGUGGACAGCCCCACGGUGGGCACGACGCUGAAGAACCUCAGCGCUCUCUACCGGCGGCAGGGCAAGCUGGAGGCAGCCGAGACCCUAGAGGAGUGCGCCGCUCGCUCCCGUCGCCAGGGUGUGGACGUGAUCCGCCAGCCGCGUGUGGCUGACAUCCUGAAUGAUGGUGAGCAGGACAAGCGGCGUAGCCGCGAGAGCCUCAACGUCGACAACGUCACCGUCAAGUAUGAGAGCGGCCGCGAUGGCGGGGAGGAGGUCAGUAUGGGCGUCGAGUGGAAUGGGGAUGGCAGCGGAACCAUGCGACGCAGCGGCUCCUUCAGUAAGAUCCGGGAAACGAUCCGCAAAGGCAGCGAGAAGCUUGUCCGCAAGCUCAAGAGCAAUGGGAGCGAGCCCAAAUACUCGGGAAUGAAGAGAGCAGGCUCGCUCAACACUCUCAACCUGCCCACUGUGGAGGUAACAUUCCAGCCGGAUAACAGUCUGAUGGAGUCGAAGGGCCUCAGCUCCAGCAACCUGGACCUCACGAGCUGACCCUGGCCGAGCCGCACCGCACCGUGUCGUGCGCAGGGAGGGGGCAGCCCGCGCGCUCUGCUCCUGCCUGGCUCCAGCAACGCGCAACCCGGCGACGCGGAGUUGCUCGGGAGCUCGGCCGACUACACCUGGGUGCCCUCGUGGGGCCUGAUCGAAAUUCUCAUGGCGCUGGAACUGAUUGUUUUACGCGCCAGGAAUAGCGCAGCUAAGCACUAGGUUGUUGUUGUUGUUUUUUUACUUCGUGCUGUAGCAAGCGCGCAGAUUUAGAACAAAGCCACUAUCACGACGGACGACUCGAUAUUUGUUCCAGAAAUAUAUGGCUGUGUUAUUGGACGUUACGUGCUGACUUAUACGGUUAUAUAACUCGCAAACAUGUAUUUGCCAAGAACGGGCACUUGCGAUUUCAUUCGGUAUUUGAAUUAUUUCUAAGCAUCAACCAAAAACUACUAGCCGCAGCUGUAAUUAUGGUAUCGUUAAGAUUAGCUCAUUUAAGCUGUUUACGAUGAUUAUUGCUGCAAAUGCUGGGCUGAUGGGCUUGUAAUAUCCUGUGGAAGAUAAUACAUGUUACAAGAUUUGUUGCGUAGAUGUUGCCAAGGUGAUGUGCAGUAGUCAAUUGGCAUAGGCAGUUGGGUCAUACAACUAUUUGCCUUACUCCUGGCAUAAUUAAAACUUUGUGAAAAUAUUUUAAUCUUUAUUUAAAACUACUGUCGAGUUUGUGAGACCUUUUAUUAACCGCCAUACAGUGUUGGCUUUAAUAACACGAAACACCGUAUAGAAUUCGUUUUUAUAAUCAAAUCUAUUUAGCGGAAAAUCAUUCAAUGUCCCUUAGAGGACCACAUUGGAAGAGACUGCCUAUUGCAGUGUAUCUGCACGCAAUAGAUGGAGCCAUACGCUUUGCUUACUUUUGCAAAAUCCCAGAUAAUUCUAUGAUCCUAGAGGUUUGACUCUUCACAAGGACAGCAUUGCAUCAGCGUAAAUAAGCAAAGGUCAGUUGUCGUAUUCUUUAAUUGAUAAUGCACGUAAUUUAAGUUUGUGUCUGCAGAAUAUUUGCCAUGGACUUAUUUAAAUGAUCUUUAAAUCCUUGUUUGCAGACCAGGUUUCCCUUUGGAGGAUGACUGGGUUUCAGUGAUGUGUAUGAUCUGUGCAGUGCUGGGAGAUACACAAAGGCACUUGUGUCGGUUUACGUUCUUGGUUUUACCAAAUUCAGCUAUGCUUGUUCUUUUAUAGUCAAAUAUAUACCCUCGCCUCAUAGCUUUGAAUAAAUAAAAAUACACAAGCCGAUCACUUGAGGCCAGUUGCAUGGUCUGGGGACGUUUAACCGUAGCAUAUUGACGAGACUACUGGGCUAACAUUGCCAACGUGUGUGCGGAAGGUGGAGGAUGGCGAGCGGUGUUUUUUGUAAUUAAUAAUAAGCUGUUACAGUCGUGGUGUAUUGCGGCACUUUUGAGAUUUGACGUUCGCGUGCAUGCUUGAAACGGGGCAUCUCUUUGUGGACAGUUGCGGUGGCGAGUGAUGUUUACAGCGGACUUGCAGGUUCUCGCAAUUAUUCCGUGUUGACUGCUACUUGCACGACGGCACCCGGGCUGUGCGCGUGGGUCUCGGGCGUGUUCCGCCAUCACCAGCGCCGCUUCUGCCGGCUGAUGUGGCUGUGGGCCACGUCAUUUAACCGGGGGGCUCUUAUCGUGCAAUUUAGAGUCGCACUCCUGUGGAUUUGAGAUCGCAUAAUUUUCAGCCUCUAGGCCUUGAGAGCAUUUAUUUCCUUCCAUGCUUUCCGUAUUUUGAAUGGGGGAAAACAUCGUAGAAUAAAUAAAUUGUGUUUGAAAAUUGUUCUUAAUGCCGAUAUUUUAUUUAAACAAGCCGAGUACUUAGCAACUUGUUUUUUUGUAAUGUACAUGUCAGCUGGCCUAUUGGUGGCAUGGAGACCACUUCCGGAUCACCGCUCACAGCGAGGGAUUGUAACUGCACGGUUUUUGUUCACAAUCACAUUGGUUUCAUCGAUAGGAUAACAUACAUCCACAUGGUUGUAUAGUUCCUUAAUGGAGCUAACACAUUGGACAGGCUUGUAUAAAAUGGAUACCAUCAUAUUUUUGUUGACAUGAAAGUGAACUUUUGCUGUGACGUGCUGCUGUUGUCCACCAACAUCGAAUUGUGGUUCUCGCUGGAGUCGAGAGGACCCAAGGCAGACCUUGGUGUGAAAUAACGAUACACAGUCUCUCCCCCCCCCCCAUGCAGACCAAUGAGACUGGAGUUGUCUUAUUGCCAAAACAAAUGUAAUCAUUUCGGUGCCGGUGUGGGGACUGGCAAAGUGUAAAUAUUCGAACCUGUGUCCGCACACCUUUUGCCGUGCUGUCAUACAACAUGUUGUACAUUGCAUUUUAUUGUUUUCAAAUGAAUACUGAUGCGGGCUAAUGUAUCAUUGUCAUGUGAAAGCCAAUGCGAACAACUGAUAAGAUGGAGCCAAAGGUAUCAAUGUUGUCUUUGUUAUUUUAAUACUGUCAGUGGUGAUGUUGGGUCUGGAGGCCAUUCUGGGGGUGUUACCUGUACCUUCCUGCAUAUACUGUGCAUGGCACAAUGCAAUCAGUAAUCAUACAAAAUAAUAAAAUAUUUUAAAAUA